AUGGGCGGUUUCUGGGACUUUCUACACUCUCAUUCAGAAUCGCCAUACAAGCAGCUGUGGUUGCUCGAUGGCGGCUUCAAGGACGACACGUUCGUGUACUACGGCUCAUGGAGUGAGGAUGGCUCCAUCGUUUAUCGCAUCACUACCAACACCGCCACUAUCAACAAGGCGCUGGCUCACAUUACUCCCAUCAAAGCAAACUACGUUCUUCUCAAGGUUCAGCUUCCCACGCCAGAUGGGGCUUAUACCGCGCUAGAGCAGAAGGCUCCCGAGCGCAUGCUUCCGCCGGACGACUUUAAAGAGGCCUUGGGAGACAAGAAUUUCAUUACUGCGGGGCCUUGGGGAGGGUUCGAAGGGUCCUCGAUUAGGACCUUUGUGGAACGCAAUGAGGACAAGAUACUCAUCGAGAAGAGAGAGUACAACACGAUGAGGGUCUACACCAUUGUUUGGGCACCGAAUGGUGAGAAAUGUAGGCUGCAAGAUAUGGACCGAUUCAUUUGGAAGGUUCUUGGGGGAGAACUGAACAUCGACAGCUGGUCAAAGUUUCUGCGCACUGCAGUUUCCAUUACUGUUGGAGGAUCGUGA